UCGUAAUUACAAACAAGCAGCAGACAACUUGCACUUGCAACUGUGUACCAAGCUAGCACGUGUGGCAAUCAGCAUGAUGAAUUGAGAUAAAUUUUAUUUUUUGACUCACUCUUGUCGGACAGAUUUCGAUCCGGACUGCCUGCCUCCCAACCAUCUUGACAAUAAUGGGAGGGGCCGCCAGAGACCAUAGACUGACUUACUUGCAGACCUUCACCUGCACAACUGUGGCAGGCGUGACCAGUAGAAGUCUUACUGCCCCCUUGGAUGUGAUAAAAGUCCUCUCCCAGGUUGGAACGAAAGAAACAAAACAAGGGUUCUUCAAGGCGUUUGUGAACUUGUACCAGUCGCAGGGCCUGAGGGCAUUUUGGAAAGGCAACCUGAUUGGGUGCUUACGGCUGUCCCCAUUCAGUACAAUACAGUUUUCAGCAUUUUACAAGCUCAAGUCGAGGCUUGCUGAUGAGAAUGGCCGAAUGAGUCCCCCAAAAGCCUUACUUGCUGGUAGUCUCGGAGGCAUGGUUGCAACAGUGGUGACCUACCCAACAGACAUGGUGAAGACGCGACUGAUUGUGCAGUCAACUAAUAAACAGAGGAGGCGCUACCGAGGGAUAGUCCACGCCUUUAAGUUGAUACUCAAGGAAGAGGGGUUGUUGGCUUUCUACAGGGGGCUCUAUGUAUCACUGCUGGGUUCCAUGCCCUUCAGUGCCUGUACCUUCCUGAUCUACGAGUUACUAGACACACUUUGGGACACUCCACGUUACAUGCUCACCCCAGUCCAGAACUUUUUCAACGGAUGCAUAGCUGCUGCUGUUGCACAGACGGUGUCCUUCCCCUUUGACACCAUCAGGAAAAAGCUUCAGGCCCAAAGCUUUGUGAUGAAGAAUGGAGGGGGCGUGGAUAUCCAUCCGUUUAGGGGAAUGAUCAUGGCCUUUCGCAAGACAAACGACGCGUAUGGGAUGAAGGGAUUGUGGAGAGGUAACACAGCAAACAUCUGUAAGAUAGCACCUUACGCUGGACUGAUGUUCAUGGCGUAUGAAGCUUGUAAGAGGGGGUUUCUCUUCCAGAAUGGCUACACCCAGUCUCUGUUUGACGACACUCCACUGCCUGGUGUUGACCAGACCCUCAAGCCGGAUGAAGUUGCCAGCUAUGUACCCAGAUGAAGACAGAUUAACAGAAACUGGACAGUGAUUCGUGUUCGAGGUGGAGAUUUGACUUGCAAGCAGCUUGAUGCUGAAUCCCCCCAAAAAAUACAACUGGCCAUGAAAACAGAAAAACAAUGUUAUUGGCUCUAUGCAAGAAUGAUACAGGACGUUGUUCAAGUCAUUAAAGAAAGCCCCGUGAAGGCACUUACAUGUUGGUGGCUAAGUUUGCACGUCAUUGCCAAAUCCAAUGUAAUGUACACCAGUCUCGAGCAGACUGAUAUUGUGAAUGUUUGCACCCUUGUUAGUGCCUAAAGCUUUGAAUAAUGUUCACAGUUUUAUCAAAGGAUGACAUAUGCUAUCAGGGAUCUGUUGUUAAUUGUUAGUUGAUCAACAAUUUGGUGAAAUUUGGAGCAAGUGUUCAUGAAGAGAUCCUUUUUCUCUGCCCCCAGUCUAAUCCUGCUAAACAAGAUAAUAAACUUGGACAUACACAUGAAGUAAUACAGAGUACUUGUAUAAUAAUAAAAUGUUUUAUUCUAAAUACUGACAGUUUUCAAGUGUUCUUUCCCAUUCAAUAUUUGGCAUAAAUGUGACAGCAUUUAAUAAAAGAUAUCCGUGGCUGUUUUCAUAAAGCUUAAAAUGUUACUUAGAUCAUAUGACAAUAUAUUUCCAACCAUUCACAUUGAUUGAUUAAUAUAAAAGCAAUAUAAAAAGUUGUUAUUUAUUACUUUUUUUUUUUUUUGCUCAUAAAGUUUUCAAUGAGUAAAAAACUUUUCUGGACUCUUAGAACAAACAAGUUUACACCACUAGAACAGUUGUUCUUUAAUGAUGUGUGUAUAGAACAUCUGCACACUCGAUGAUUACACACCUGAUGGUGUGAAAUGCAUUGUAAUUAUCCUAGGAAGAUGGGAUGAGAGAGAUUUAUAAACGAUGACGCAUUCCAGUAAAAAAGGAAACCUUGUACUUAUAAGGAUUCAGAUAAUCUGUUUAGAUACAAACAAUGUGAUCUGUGUAAUGGCAUGGGGGAUUAGCCUGAUCCAUUUGAAAAUCAUAGUCUGCACAGCACUCUAUCAUUUGUUAACCACAAAUCAUGCGCAUGUACAAAUACUGCCAUGUGUAUGAAUUGAAUAUAAAAAAGCACCAUGAAAAAAGUCUAUUAAUUAAAAAAAGAGUAUUUCUCUUUUUAAAAUUUUUUUUCGAGACUUUUAGCACAAUUUUUAAGUCCAAUAAUAAGUAAACUACGGUAAAACAGAUUACACUUUAAGGAGUAAUGGAAUUGCAAUACUGUGUAAGAAAUCAAAUCAAUAAAGACAUAUUGUCUUCUUAUUUUAA